GGAACGUCAAACUUCAACGAACGCCGCCAUCUUGUAGUUAUAACGGCGUUACGGUUACUGUUUGCUACGUUGCGUCGAAACGGUUUCAUUUUGUUGUUAUCGUUUUUUUGCCAGUUUUAAACUAUGAUGACUUCAAAAAUGUGGGAGUACUUUUUACAAUGUGAAUCUGACGAUGGAGUCAAACGAGCUCAAUGCACAUUCUGUGACAGACUGCUUAGUUACAGCUCGACAACGUAUAACCUUAAAUCUCAUUUGAUGCGUCUUCAUCCGGAAGAAGUAGGAUUCAAAAAUACGGACAAAUUAAGAUCUUCCGUUUUGAAGCCUGUUAUAAAUUCCGAGCUACGUAAACUAGCUACGUUAAAAAGAAGAAACGAAUCAGUUGUUUGGUCGUUUUUUACGAAAUCAGAGACUAAUGAGAGAGUAGCAACAUGCAAUUUAUGUAAUAAGACUUUUUCGUACAGAUCAAGUAAUACUAAUCUUAGGACACAUUUAAAACGAACCCAUCCUGAUGAGUUUAUCGAAAACGAUAAUAACGAUAUCGACGACAAUAACGAAAUAAGUUACAACGAAAGCGGCGACGACGAUACUGCUCAGUCCAACAAUAUCGACGAUGACUCCAAUCAUUCCACUGCCGAGGCCGAUCCGUGGAGUUUCUUCGAGAAGGAGACGGGUGGGCGCGCUCGCUGCGUCGUUUGCCGCGCCUCCUUACCUCACCGCAUUAGAGAUCUCAAGCAGCACUUGAAGGAUAACCAUCCCAAGUUAGCGCAGGGCUUUGACCAAGCGAGUGACAGCGACGAUGACCAGAACGACUCGUACACAGAGGUUGUAUACUUGGAAGAAGAAACUAGAAAAGUUAAGAAACCGCAAAAGAAUCCAAGAAUAUCUUACACAACUUCACAGAUGGUGAAACCGGCCAAGAUCAGCAAAUUGAGUUCGUCCUCAAACGAAAGAUACGACGAAUAUGAUGACCAGAUUAAAAAAUUCAGCAAUUACGUCGCUUCAUUACUAAAAGAAGUACCAAAAGAUGCUUGUAUGAAGCUACAAAUGGAGAUAAUAAACUUGAUUAUGACAACAAAGUUAAAACUACCCACAGAAACGACGGAGAACAAAAUGAUAAUAGAUGGCGUGCCUGUUGCUAUACAGACUAUGAGUGCGGUUCCUGGCGCCGGGUUCAUUGUGACCGUGCCUACAACAGUGUCCGCCGUCCAUCCCGCACCCGUCGCACCCACCGCCGCACAGAACAAGCCAACAUUCACCGUUGAAGAAGUUAAAGAAUCGACAAACGAGUGUAGAGAUUUGCCUAAAUUGUGAUCAACAACAAAUAUUAUAAAAGAGACUUGAAGGAUAGUAAGAAAUAUUGCCUAUAAAUAGGCUGUCUAGAAGACUAUGUUGACGUGAACCAGAUUUUUUUUUAUAAAAGUCCUGAAGUACAAAAGUACGUGUAGGUUUAAGUAAAAAGAUUUGAUAAUUUGUCUUUAAAAACGUUCAUUUCUUGCUUCUUGGAUAACAAGAGCUUUUUCUUUUUUUAUAAUCUUGGCGACUCAAGGUCAUUCGCGAACUAAGUGUUGUUUCUCCUCAUAACCUAAAAUUGUGUACUGUCAAACCGUCAAGAUAUCUGAAAAUUGUAAUAGAUGUUCGAAAGGACAAAUCCCAUGUCUAUUUGAAUAUUAUAGGUGUUGUUUUAGUGCAGAAUUAUAGGAAGAACUUUAUUUUAAUAGUUUUCUAUGUACUUUUAUCUAUGUUGAGUGUUCCCAGAACAAAAAAGUUUGAUUGUUAGUGAUUGAUUGCGUAUGCUUAAGUAGUUAUAACAAUGUUGAGUAAGAUUAAAUUUAAUAAUUUUUUUGUUACAUU